GAGUGUCAUAUGACCCUACCGACGUGAAUAUGUAAGCAGUACUGAUAGUAUGCAUUUAAACGGUGUAUUUAAAAUAGGUUAUCUCGAUAUCUCAAAAUUGUCAUUAUUAUCUAAACGCGUUAUUUCACAAACGUAGCAAAGGAGGAUUUAGCCAACGUUUUUCGACUGUUCAAAUGUAAAUUAUAAAAUGGAUACAGACUGGAAAGACAAGCUUAUCGUCGCUGCGAUCGACUUCGGUACAUGUUGCACCGGUUUCGUUAUUUCCUAUAUGGCUGAUUACAAAAAGAAGAAGGAAAACGUGAUAACACACCAUUGGCAUAGUGGAGGAGCCUUAAGCAAAGAGAAGACACCCACAGUUCUUUUGUUGCACAAAGAUCUUAGUUUCAAAUCGUUUGGGUAUGACGCAGAAGACGAUUUUGCAGAUAUUGCAACAGACCCUGACGAAAACAUUAAAAACUGGCAUUAUUUCAGAUAUUUUAAAAUGAAACUUUACGAUGAAAACUGCAUGAUGGCUGCAACAUGGGAGGACAAACUGGUGGUUGCAGCCAUAGAUUUUGGGACUGCAUUUACUGGAUGUGCCAUAUCAUAUAAAGCCGAUUAUCAGACAUCAAAAGAAAAGAUAAUCACCUUGAACUGGAUGUCAGGAAAUGCCCAAAGCACCCAGAAAACACCUACCGUCCUCCUACUUAAGCCUGACGGGGGAUUUGAGGCAUUUGGAUAUGAAGCGGAAAAUAGGUUUUCGGAACUUGCAGACGACGAAGAUGUCAACGAGAAUGAAUGGCAUUUUUUCAAACAUUUCAAGAUGACUCUGCAUAAUGAAAGCUUUCAGAACUCUCGACCUAUGCACAGCAAAAGUACCAUUACUGAUCAACGAAAUCGUGAUUAUAGUGCACUUGAGGUGUUUGCUAUUUCCAUUCGGUACGUCAAGGAUAAAAUCAUAGAAAGAGUCAAGGACCAGGAAACAGUCACUGAGAAGGACGUGUACUUUGUGCUGACGUGCCCAGCAAUAUGGUCAGAGCAUGCCAAGCAGUUUAUGCGGAACGCUGCAUUCAAGGCUGGAAUACCUCAUGACCACUUGCGUAUCGGCUUGGAACCGGAAUGUGCCGCCAUCUACUUGCACAACGUGACACUGCCAGAGCUCAGUACUUCCAACAGGAAGUCCUUUGGCAUGCAAGAUGGGGAUGGAUACCUCAUCGUUGACAUGGGAGGCGGCACUGUCGACAUUGCAGCUCAUAAGAUCAAUAGGCGAGGAGCCUUCGAAGAGAUUAUGGUUCCGAACGGAGGACCAUGGGGCGCCCUGAACAUAAACCUUAAGUUUGAACAAGCGCUCGUUGCUUUGUCAGGAGGUGGAACCUUCGAAACAUUCAGGAGAGAAUGUUCACAGGACUACCUCGAACUAAUGCGGUCUUUCGAGUACAAGAAAAUAGCUUUUCCAGGUGAAAGUAGUUCAAGUAAAGUUGUGUUAACGAUUCCAACAACGUACCGUGAAUGUCAUCUGGCAGAAAACCACGUCGAUUUAACUCAGUCGUUGAAAGAGGUACACCAUGCUGUAAUGGAUUCAGUACAGUUUAACCCGAAAAACAACAAAAUAAGUUUAACAAAAUCAGGGUUUGAAAACUUGUAUAAAGACACUCUUGAAUCUAUUGUGUCAAAUGUUAAAACUAUUUUGAGUGAAUUAGUUGACAAGAAGCGUUUUCAGAUCAAAACAAUAUUCUGCGUAGGGGGCUUUGCGGAUUGUCAAAUGUUACGGGAUAGAUUUAAGACAGAAUUUGAAGGCAGAGUUGUGUUUCCCAAAGAGGCAAUCACAGCCGUUAUGAAGGGGGCGAUAAUUUUUGGUAGAGAUGAAAGAAUAGUUGAAACAAGAAUAAGUAAGUUUACGUACGGUCUGGACUGGAGUCUUGAAUUUGACCCAAAGAAGCACCUCAAGUGGAAGCUAGAACGCACAGAUAGUGGACCUGUUUGCAGGGACUGCUUCUUGCCCAUAGCACAAAAGGACCAGUCGAUUCGUAGCGAUAUGCCCACGAAGGUAAUUGAUUCGUACGUCAAGACCGUUGACCAGAAGGAAAUGGAGUUUCCGUUUUACAGGACAAGCAGUGGGGAACCCCCAAAGUACAUAGACGAACCUGGCUGUCUUUACAUGGGCUCAAUGUGCGUCGCACUUGAUGAUAUAUCUGGUGGAUUAGACCGUAGCGUCAAGUUGGAGAUUUAUUUUGGAGCGACCGAGAUGCGAGCUGUUGCCACGGACAACAAAAAUCGAGUACACAGCGUUGCUUUUAACUUAAGCGAAACACAAGUUUGAAUAUUUUUUAAACAUAUGAGGACGAGCCCAUGACGUUGGAUAAGUGCAGGCCAAUAUAUACAGUUUGCAAGCACAGUGAACACUGGACUAGAAUGAGAUUGAUGUAUGCUUUACUGAUUAGCAAGAUGUAUAUGUAUUCCAUAGUUUUAAGAGCUUAUGUUAAUGUAAACAUAUCUCUUGUUUGUAUGUCAGAAUGAAAUGUAAGAAUUAGCUUAAAUAUGCAGACAGUGAAUAGGUCAUAAUAUGAAACUGUAUGUUAAAAAUGAUAUUUGUUAUAGUAUUAUCGCAGAGUUAAGUCUAAUAUUGGUAAAGAAUUGUAUUAUUACAUACAUAAUAACUGCGUGUAUAAUAACUGUGUUCUUUGAAUUAGGCAUUUUUGGAUGAAGAUAUGUUUGAUAUUUUAUGUAUGUGUUUAAUCAACCACUAUUGGUUUUAAUGUAUACGUAUUCUUAAAACUUCAUUCAUUAAGUUAUUAACGUAUGCGUUAACAAUUUAUAUUGUACACAUAAUAUAGAGAAGUGUCGAAUUAGCUAUGAGGAAAUCAUGAAACCAAUAAAUUUUGUUAAUCCAUAUAUCUUAUUAUAAAACUGAAAGACUUAAACAAUUAUGAAUAUUAUUAUUUGUGGUUGUCUGAAAAUAUGGAAUUAAAAUAUGGUUCUCUUCAUCAACUGUGGGGUCCAUAGUGGUUGUGUACUGUUAACCAGAUACCAUGUCAGAUGUUUUAAUAUUUUAAAACAUUCAUCGAAUUGUUUCUCCGCGAAAUAAUUCAAAUUUUGCAAAGUUUUGUUUUUAAGGAGUUUGCAUGCUCACAUACAUGUUUAGACGGAUUUUCAUCUAUGUGCCCAAAUAACAUUUUUAAACUUGUAUACACGUAAUGUACCCAUAAACGGAAUUGUAUACAUGUGGUUGUGUUGUUGUUGACUGGUGGUUGUGUUGUUGUUGACUAGUAAACGUAACGAUCCCGGUGUCAUAUUUCCUUGUCUGCCGUGUAAUACGGGUCUCAGCGUUUUGCCUCAUAGAUAUAAUCUGCAUUUAACCAGAGUAGCUAAUCAAACACAUAUUGAGUGUAAGUAAGUUUAUAUAUAUUAAAAAAAUAAAGCCAAAGUUUUUUGCCAAGAAGCUGUUUUGUAGCAAAAACAUGAACACUUUCGGUAAGAUAGCAAUAUGUAUUUCAUAUCUUACUAAUAUGCUUUGAUAUUUGUAUUAAUAAGAUAGUAAUGAUUUCUUAUUUUGACGUUUGUGUAUAUAUGUGUAUGUGUGCGUAUAUAUGUACGCAUUUGUACAGACAAUUUAAGUCAAUUGAGUUUACUGUGAUAUCCUCCCAUUUCACCCGUUGUUAACAUUCAUGUGAAUCGUGUUUAUGCUGUGAUAGCUGUUCGUAUUCAGAAGGUGUUUUUAUGAUAUAUGUCACUUCUGUACUAUGUUCUUCAUAGUUAUUCCAACAUCAGCAAUCAACGCCAUCUACUCAACAAAUAAAAUUGUAUUAUACUUUACAAGUUCUGUCGCUUUUGUCGAUUGCUGUUUAGAUAUUUAGUCACCAAAUGUAUCGAUUCUUUUCCUUUGAUAAAUUCACUGUUUAAAUGGGACUUGUUAUCCCCGCCGAAAUUAAUUUCGGAGGGGAUAUAGUAAUUGGUCCUGUUCGUCUGUGCGUCCGUCCAUCCGUCUGAAAUUUUGUCCAGAGCAUAACUCCAAAUCUAUUCACUGGAUUUACUUUGAACUUAGAAUAUAAACAUAUUGCAACUAGGAGAAGUGCAGUGACCAAGAACAAUAACCAUAUCUAUCUUAGUUUAUGAAUUAUCUCCCUUUAUAUAAUUUCAAAGUAAAUUUUUGUCCGGAGCAUAACUCAAAAGCUCCUGAAGGGAUUUACUUGAAACUUGAAAUAUAAACAAAUGACAAGUAGGAGAAGCGUAGUGACUAAGAACCAUAACUCUAUCUACCUUAGUGUUUGAAUUAACUCCCUUUAUUUAAUUUCAAAGUAAAUUUUUGUCCUGAGGAUAACUCUUAAUCUAUUCAAGGGAUUUACUUGAAACUUGAAAUAUAAACAGAUGGCAAGUAGAAGAAGUGCAGUAACUAAGAACCAUAAGUCUAUCUACCUUACUUUUUGAAUUAUUUCCCUUAAUUUAAUUUCGAAGUAAAUUUUUGUCCGGAGCAUUACUCUAAACCUUAGUUUUUGAAUUAUCGUCCUUUAUUUAAUUUCAAGGUAAAUUUUUGUCCGGAGCAUAACUCUAAAUCUACUGAAGGGAUUUAAAUGAAACUUAAAAUAUAUACAGAUUGCAAAUAGGAGAAGUGCAAUGACUAAGAACCAUAAUUCUAUCUACCUUAGUCUUUGAAUUAUAUUCCUUUAUUCAAUUUUAAAGUAAAUUUUUGACCAGAGCAUAACUUUAAAUCUACUGGAUGGAUUUACUUGAAACAAUAAAUAUAAACAGAUGGCAACUAGAAGAAGUACAGUGAACAUGAACCAUAACUCUUUCGGCCGUAGUUUUUGAAUUAUCUCCCUUAUUUUUUAUUUAUAAUUUUUUUUUAUAUUUUAAAUUAUAUUAAAAUUAAUGUCAUAGUAAAUAUUUUAGCUUUUCAAUUUUUAAUAUCUCCUUUUAUCUAAUUUUACAAUAAUAUUUUAAUUUGAACACUGAAGUAUUCACUGUAAAAUGAAAAGAUGAGUUUAAGAAAAAAUACAGUGAUCAAGAACAGUAACUGUUUAUAGUCUUUGUUUUAAUUACCUCGCUUUCUUUCAUUUCCGAAUAUUUUAUUUUCUACAGCAUAACUCCAACACUAUUUAACUUAUUUAUCCUUGAAAUAUAAAUAGAUGACACAGGUGCCAUGUUUUACAAAUAUUAUUCCACUCUCUUAAACAAAUGUUGUCAAACAAGCAAACACAUUAUAUAUAUAUUAUACUGAUAUACGUGAUGUUAUAAGUUAUCAUAUAAUAAUAUGUGUAUAUGAUGAUGUACUAUGUACAAAUCAAAUAAAAUAUCUGUUCUGUUC